UGUGUUUUGUUGUAAAUGUCUAGGCGUUUGACUUUGUUUUGUAGGGAGAUGCUCCAGCACCGAUCAUACACCCAGAAAGUUGAUGUUUAUAGUUUUUGCAUUGUUCUGUGGGAGCUCAUAACAGGGUUGCUUCCUUACCCGAGCAUGACUGCUGUGCAGGCCGCUUUUGCUGUUGUCAACAAAGGCGCCCGUCCAAUAAUCCCCAAUGAUUGCUUGCCUGUCUUAUCUAAUAUCAUGACCUGCUGCUGGGAUUUUGACCCCGAUAAGCGACCAACUUUCUCUCAGGUGGUCAAGAUGCUUGAGGCGGCUGAGAUAGAAAUCAUGAGUAAUGUCAGAAGGGCACGUUUCAGGUCCUGUCCUCGUCCUACGGCUACUGGGAAAGAUUAAACUGGAGGCAAAAGACAUUGAAUUGAAAAACUGAUUUUGAGUCAAUAAUAUCUAUCCGGCACAAUCUCUUUUCAGAUAGAAAAAGGGUUAUAGUUAUGCGAAAAAACUAAACAUUUCUAUGUUGUAGUUUGUUUCUUUUCUUUUAACUGUGGAUUUAAGACAGCGACUAGUUGGCUUGCUGAAUUUGUUCAAAGUUGUAUCAGGUUCUGAAUUAUAUGAAAUACUCAUCUAUGCUUGCAGCCU